AAAGACUGCAAAUCACUCCGAUUUAAGCAGGGAGGAGGGAGCGGGGGGGGGGGAGGAAGCCAAGAGGAUCUCCAUCCACCCAGGGGGGUGCGCUUACCUUUCCCGGCGUACGCGCGCCGCGUGUCUUCCUCUGCCCGUCUCUCUCUCGGGCUCCCCAGCAGCCAGCUAGCUUCCUGCGUUGCUGGAGGAAGGCAGGAGAGGAGGCAGAGAGAGAGAAAGGACGAGCAGCAGUCUUUGGCCGGAGGGAAAGCCCUGCAAGAGAAGGAGACUCGCCGAGGACAGAUAGCAAAGUUGCCGCUCUCUUGUCACUGGAAAAUGACACUUGAUUUAGCCAAGGGCGCCGCCGCCGCCGCAGCGCCGGUUGAACCUAUUGUUUCUUAAACUGCCUUCUUUCUUCGGCGAUCCAAAAGGGGGGGGGACUUCAGCACGGAAGGGACGCCGCCAGCAUCGUCCUGCGACUUCUUGCGCGAUCCCGGCCAGCCAGCCAAGAAGAAAAACCGUAUUCUGAUUUUUUUAAAGAAAAGGAGGAGGAGGAGGAAGAGGAGGAGGAGGAGGAGGAAGAGGCCACCCGGUGUCUCGCGCCCACCCUCGAAAAAACAAGCUCGCCAGGCGCCCGCUAGAGCAUCCGCAGCCGGCCUCGGGGGGAGGUUUUUGUAACCCUUUGGAUUUUUUUUCCUCCUCUCUCUCUCUCUCUCUCCCCCCCCGUCCCUUCAAUGUCUGUGUUUGAUUUUCUCUGAUUUGCUUUGAUUCAGCAGCCGUUCCAGAGAAGAAAGAAAGAAAGAAAGAAAGAAAGAAAGAAAGAAAGAAAGAAAGAAAGAAAGAAAGCAAAGAAAAAGAAAGAAGGGCAGCGAAACGAAAACCCCGAGCCGCUCCGGCGCUUUUCUUCUUGUCAACACCCUGCGUUGUGGCUGUGUUUUGCAUUUUUGUUUUUCCUUGCUUUUCCUACUUUUUUUUUUUUAAAGAAGAAGGGAGGGUUUUGGUUGUCCUUAAUUCAUGUUUGGGAUUCAGGAAAGCAUUCAGAGGAGUGGGAGCAGCAUGAAGGAAGAGCCCCUGGGCGCGGGGAUGAACGCGGUCAGGACUUGGAUGCAGGGAGCCGGCGUCCUGGAUGCAAACACGGCGGCGCAGAGCGGGGUAGGCCUAGCCCGGGCUCAUUUUGAGAAGCAGCCGCCUUCCAACUUGCGGAAAUCGAACUUCUUCCACUUCGUGCUGGCUUUGUACGACCGGCAGGGGCAGCCCGUGGAGAUCGAGCGCACCGCCUUCGUGGGCUUCGUGGAGAAGGAGAAAGAAGCCAACAGCGAAAAGACCAACAACGGGAUCCAUUACCGGCUGCAGCUCCUCUACAGCAACGGGAUAAGAACCGAACAGGAUUUUUAUGUCCGUUUAAUAGACUCCAUGACAAAGCAAGCGAUAGUAUAUGAAGGCCAAGACAAGAAUCCAGAAAUGUGCAGAGUUCUGCUCACCCAUGAAAUAAUGUGCAGCCGCUGUUGUGACAAGAAAAGCUGUGGCAACAGAAAUGAGACUCCGUCAGACCCGGUGAUAAUUGACAGGUUCUUCUUGAAAUUUUUUCUUAAGUGUAACCAGAACUGCCUAAAAAAUGCAGGGAAUCCUCGAGACAUGCGGAGAUUUCAGGUUGUGGUAUCUACAACAGUCAAUGUGGAUGGCCACGUCUUGGCAGUGUCGGAUAACAUGUUUGUGCACAAUAACUCCAAACAUGGGCGGAGGGCUCGAAGGCUUGAUCCUUCGGAAGGUACGCCUUCUUAUCUGGAACAUGCAGCUACACCAUGUAUCAAAGCCAUCAGUCCAAGUGAAGGAUGGACGACAGGAGGUGCCACUGUCAUCAUCAUAGGAGACAAUUUCUUUGAUGGGUUACAGGUCAUAUUCGGCACCAUGCUGGUCUGGAGUGAGCUUAUUACGCCUCAUGCCAUUAGAGUUCAGACACCACCCCGACAUAUCCCUGGUGUGGUAGAAGUUACAUUGUCCUACAAAUCCAAGCAGUUCUGUAAAGGCACACCUGGAAGAUUUAUCUACACAGCUUUGAAUGAGCCAACCAUUGACUAUGGCUUCCAAAGGUUACAGAAAGUCAUCCCAAGGCAUCCUGGUGACCCUGAGCGUUUGCCAAAGGAAGUAAUACUCAAGAGGGCAGCUGAUCUGGUGGAAGCACUCUAUGGUAUGCCACAUAACAAUCAGGAAAUAAUCCUGAAAAGAGCAGCUGAUAUUGCAGAAGCACUCUACAGUGUCCCUCGCAAUCAUAACCAACUCCCUGCACUCGCUAAUACAUCAGUCCAUGCAGGCAUGAUGGGUGUGAAUUCAUUUAGUGGUCAGUUAGCAGUAAAUGUCUCAGAAGCCUCACAGGCCACCAAUCAGGGUUUUACUCGUAACUCAAGCAGUGUGUCUCCUCAUGGUUAUGUGCCAAGCACCACCCCUCAGCAGACAAAUUACAACUCCGUCACGACAAGCAUGAAUGGCUACGGAAAUGCUGGAAUGUCCAAUUUAGGUGGUUCUCCAACCUUCCUGAAUGGAUCUGCUGCCAACUCUCCCUAUGCCAUCGUGCCAUCCAGUCCAACAAUGGCGUCUUCUACUAGUCUCCCUUCUAACUGUAGCAGCUCCUCUGGGAUCUUCUCCUUCUCACCAGCCAAUAUGGUCUCAGCAGUGAAACAGAAGAGUGCUUUUGCCCCUGUUGUCAGACCACAGACUUCCCCUCCUCCCACCUGUACCAGCACCAAUGGGAAUAGCCUGCAAGACCAGUCUUUUGUGGACUCUAGCAAGUACUCCACUGCAGGGUCUCUCCAGGGUCUGGCCUUCUCCUGAACUAUAUCUGGCAUGAUUGUUCCCCCCAUGUGAAAGAAUUGCCUCGAAGAAUUAACAAAUGAAGGAUUUGGAUUCUGCUCCAGAACAACGUCUGACCCAAGUCCCAGAGAGGAACUUUUAACUCAGGCCUUUUUUCAAGGAAAAAGGAAGAAUCUCACAAUAACUGCAAAGUUUUAAAACACAAGAAAAUUUUUAAAAAUGGCCAUCCUGGCAAAAUAAUCCUGACAUCUACUCAGAGCCUGCAAGGGCAAGGUGUUAAUUUGAGCUGCCUAUCCCAAGUUCUUGGGAGGGAGAUUCCUUUUGUGUUCAUGAAGAAAAUACACUUCGGUCAUUUCAGUUUUUAUUGGUCACCUUUUCUCUUUUACAAAUCAGAAUGGGAGGGAGAGGCACAAACAUGAAAAGCCAACUUGAGAACUCUUCUUUGUUGUAGUUUUUUAAAGCUGUCUUAAAGGGAAAUGAAGUGGCAAACGUAAAAGGAGUUUCUAUGGAACAGAAGUAGAAGUGCCAGUUAGGGGUUAUUGAUGUUUUUCUUUUCUCUGAAAAUUAAUGGUUGUGCCAGGAAGGGUUCUUUCGUAAGUUUUACUUAUCCCACAAUAGCACAUAUAUCUGCAAUUUGCAGUCUGGGGAAGUAUCUAUGGAUCUCUGUGUGUG